AUGUCUCAUUGGUAAUGGUAUUUUUACUUCAGCAGUCGAAGCACCUCGUACAUAUAAGGUUAUCGUGUGCGUAUAUGCGUGCAUUAUGUGAUAUAAUCAAACUGGGAGUAUGUCUUCUGAUAACUACUCUUCAGAUACUCGAGAGCUGCAGUGCAGUUGUGGAUGGUAACAAUGAUGACACUGUUCUGCAUAUAGGAGGUAUAUUUCCUAUAGGAGGAAAAGGUGGUUGGCAGGGUGGACAGGCGUGUGAGCCAGCAGCAUCUUUAGCCUUAGAUGAUGUCAAUAACAGGAAAGAUCUACUGACAGGCUUUACCCUGAAGUUACACUGGAAUGACAGUGAGUGUGAGCCUGGCCUUGGAGCCUCCGUGAUGUACAACUUACUCUACAACAAGCCACAGAAAUUGAUGCUAUUGGCUGGUUGCAGUACUGUCUGCACUACAGUUGCUGAAGCUGCCAAGAUGUGGAACUUGGUUGUGUUAUGUUAUGGUGCAAGCUCUCCAGCACUGUCAGAUCGCAACCGUUUCCCAACUCUUUUUCGAACACAUCCAUCUGCUACAGUGCAUAAUCCAACACGCAUCAAACUGAUGGAGAAGUUUGGUUGGUCUCGUGUUGCAAUCUUGCAACAAGCAGAAGAAGUUUUCAUUUCUACAGUUGAAGAUCUUGAAGCUCGAUGUAAAGAAAGUGGAAUAGAGAUUGUGACACGACAGAGUUUCUUGAGUGACCCCACAGAUGCUGUACGUAACCUGUGGCGUCAGGAUGCUCGAAUCAUAGUUGGAUUAUUUUAUGUGGUGGCAGCUCGUAGAGUACUGUGUGAGAUGUAUAAGCAGCAUCUUUAUGGAAAGUCUUAUGUUUGGUUCUUUAUAGGGUGGUAUGAAGACAAUUGGUUUGAAGUGAAUUUAGAAAAGGAAGAAGUAGGCUGUACAAAGGAGCAAAUGAGAAUUGCUGCUGAAGGUCAUCUGACUACUGAAGCUCUAAUGUGGAACCAAAACAAUCAAAAGACGGUGUCUGGAAAGACAUCUGAGGAUUUCCGACUGCGAUUGAACGAGGUACUGCGCCAGGCAGGCUAUGACAUAGACAACAUGCGCUAUCCUGAGGGUUAUCAAGAGGCUCCUCUGGCAUAUGAUGCUGUAUGGGCUGUGGCCCUGGCAUUCAACAAAACCAUGGAACGGUUACACAAACAUGGAAAAAGUUUGAAAAAUUUUACAUACACAGAUAAAGAGACAGCAGAUGACAUUUACUCAGCCAUCAACAGCACACAGUUUCUUGGUGUCUCUGGAUAUGUAGCAUUCAGUUCACAAGGGGAUCGUAUAGCACUGACACAAAUUGAACAGAUGAUUAAUGGGACAUAUGUGAAACUUGGUUAUUAUGAUACACAGAGUGAUAACCUGACAUGGCUCAGCAAGGAGAGAUGGAGUGGAGGCAAAGUGCCACAAGAUCGAACCAUUGUGCGUCAAGUAUUACGCACAGUCUCUCUUCCCCUCUUCAUCUGUAUGUGGACCAUCUCAUGUAUAGGGAUUAUGGCUGCCAUUGCACUCAUUGUAUUCAACAUAUGGUACCGUCACAGAAGAGUGAUACAGUCAUCUCAUCCUGUGUGCAACACCAUCAUGUUACUGGGUGUUUGUACUUGUUUGUGGUCAGUGUUUCUACUAGGACUGGAUGGCCAGUUUGUAAGUCCACAUGUAUACCCAGUGGUAUGCCAGGCACGUGCCUGGCUUCUCUGUAUUGGUUUUACACUGGCAUAUGGGGCCAUGUUCAGCAAAGUGUGGCGUGUUCAUCGCCUUACAACGAAAGCCAAGUCAGAAGUCAAGAAAGUUGAACCUUGGAAGUUGUAUCUCAUGGUGACUGGCUUCCUGUUGGUAGACCUGGUUAUUCUUUUAACAUGGCAGUUGUAUGACCCAUUGCAGCGUCGUAUAGAAGUGUUUCCACUGGAAGAUCCAUUGUCAACUGAAGAUGAUAUCAAGAUUCGGCCUGAGCUGGAGCACUGUGAAAGUGAAAACAAUAAUGUUUGGUUAGGUGUUAUGUAUGGCUACAAAGGACUUGUGUUGGUAUUUGGCCUGUUCUUGGCCUAUGAAACUAGAAGCAUCAAAGUAAAGCAGAUCAAUGAUUCACGCUAUGUUGGAAUGUCCAUCUACAAUGUGGUAGUUUUGUGCCUCAUUACGGCUCCAGUCACCAUGGUCAUUGCCUCCCAGCAAGAUGCUAGUUUUGCAUUUGUUGCACUUGCCGUCAUCUUCUGCUGUUUCCUCAGCAUGGCACUCAUCUUUGUUCCUAAGGUGAUUGAAGUGAUACGCCAUCCACGAGACAAGGCUGAAUCAAAGUACAACCAUGAUGUAGGAAUGACUAAAGAAGAUGAAGAACGGUAUCAGAAACUUGUGGCUGAAAAUGAGGAACUCCAGAAACUCAUAUCAGCAAAGGAAGAGAAGAUACGAUUGAUCAAAAUCCGGCUGCAGGAGCGUGAUGCUUUGCGAGGAGGACUAACAGAUGGGCGCCUCCCUCCUGGUACCACUCCACAACAGGAUUCCACUGCCAACACAGAGUGAAGCAAGCUGAAUGAAGCAGUUAUGUCAGCAUAUGGGCAUCAUCAUUGGAACUUCUGUUGCGUGUCCCUGAGUGAUAUCUUCAAUGAUACAUUUUUAGCAGUUGCAUCUGGUUUCCUUAGGCUGUGCAAAGUAUAUCAGUUUUACUUUUGUGAGUGAUAGAGGUGGGUGGUGAUAUUGAAUUAGUUCUUCGUUAUAUAGUCACCAGUGUUAUAUAGUUAAAAUAGAUAUAAUAGUGAAUAAGUGAUUAUUUAUUAAAAAGUUUUGUCUUGUCCAUACUGUGGAUUCUUGUAAAUAUUCAAUGAAAUCAAAGGGAAGGGAAUUGUUAUAACGAGAUUUUACUCUUGUAGGAAUUUCAUUCGUUAUGUUUAUUUGAGCUUGUUCAUAAAAGAAAGGAAAUCAUUUAGCAUAAAUAUGGUGAUAUGUGGUGAGUGUGAACCAGUGAGAUUGUAUAUUUCCCUCCUUUCAAGAAAGGUUUGACAGUUACUAUAGGAACUUCAGUUAAUUACUUUGUGUGUUUUGUAGGAAACAAAUUGUUUGUGAAAGUAUAUCUGGGAUCUCUUGUUAGUUUAUCUUGUGUUUAAGAGGUGGGAAGUUGUUCAGCAUAAAUAUGGUGAUGUUUAUGUGGUGAGUGUGAGCCACAACUUUUACAUUUCCUUCCUGACAAGAUAAGAUUGAUAGUCUUUACUCAACCUACUUCAGUUAAUUGCUUUGUAUAUAUUUUUAAAAAAUUGUAUCUCUGUUGGUCUUGAAAAUGAGUCUCCGAUGUCUGGCUAUUUUAUUCUGUGCAUAAAAGAAGGGAUAUCAUAUAUGGUGAUUUUUAUGUGCUAGGUGCAAGCCAGUGAGUGUACAUUCCUUCCUUCCAGGAAAAGGUAAAAAAAAUUGUUACUUUAUCCACUUCAGCUAGUUCCUUUGUAUAUUAUAGACAGCAGAUUUUGCCUAUUCUUCAUAAAAAUGUCUCUCUGAUCAUUGCCAUAACAUUUAUAUAAUUGUUGAAGUAGUGAGUUUAAAUGUUGUUUAUGCAUCUUGAUUAGAAUCAUGUGCGAAAGAGAUUAUUACAGGGUAGUGCUUGAAAUUAUACCCAGUUGAAUGUUUCAAUAAAAGCUUUAAUAUUAAUGUAAUGGAACAUAUAUCUAUUAACACAAGGAACAAUGCAUAGAGAUUUAUGUAUCCUUAAUGCAUUACAUGCCCAGUAUGGGCCCAGUUUUGUCAUAGAACUUCUGAAACUCAAAGCCUACAUUUGUGAUCACUUGGAGGCAUGUCAUAUCCUCCGUAAUUUCACCACACAUUUGAACAGUUGAAGUCCUGAAUUGCUGCUGCUUUUUUUUUCUUUUUUUUUUCCCUCUCUCCCUCCCCUUAAGGUACUCAAAAGGAAGGUCACGUGGUUUUAUAUCUGGGCUGUUGGGUAGCCAUCGAUAUCCUGCACUCCAUGAAUGUGGACAGAAGUUGCCGUCGAACAGCCCAGACAUAAACCCUUGUGACUUCUUCCUUUGGGGUUACCUUGUGUCAGAUGUGUGUUGGCUGUUCGUGUUUUGAAAGUUGUGUGACUGAAUGGUGGUCAUAUUGAGUGUGUAAUCCAUAAAGGAUAAAUCUUCAUCAAUUGUUCUUUGUGUUGAUAGAUACACGUGUACUAUCAUAUAAAUAUUAAAGCUUUUAUUUAAACUUUCAGUUGGGUAUCCUUUUGUGCAGCACUCUGUACAUUCAUUUUAUUUUUCAUUGUUGCAUUGAGGCUGACUUAGGUCCAAGUUGAAAGAGACGAAAAAUGGCCAUCACACUACAGUUAUUCUGUAUUCAGAUGUGGCACGCUGUGAAGUUUAUAAUUUUAAGAUGUGCUUUCUUAUGUUAUAGACGUAUGUUGUAGAUAAUAUUGGUGAGAUACUUUCAUGUAGUAGCUGUUAGAAAUGUUUUGUCUUUUAAGAGGUGACAUGUGAAACUUUAUGACCCAGGAUGUGGUUUGUUAACAUUUAAUUCUGUUAAUAGUAAUUAUAUGUGAGUUUAAUAAUCUGAUACUGUUUUCUGUUGUUUUUUUGUGUAUAGGGAGCAAUUAUAUGCUGAUCUGGUAAUACAUGUGCGUAUCCAAACAUAGUACUUAUGAAGCAGUGUGAAGUAACUGCCCUUUCCCACACAAAGGUUGAAAUGAGAAGGUUCUGUGUAGGGCCUAAUUUUGAAUCAAAGUUUUGGGUUAUGUGUUUAGAAUGCUGGAUGCACUUUACUUCAAUGCCAUAUUGACAUUCAUUAUGAACUAUUUUACACAUCUUGGCUUGGCUGUGGAAUACAGCUUUGUGCUUCCGUUUAAGGGGAAAUUAUGAGUUCUUCAAUAGCAUUUGGUUUUAUUUUGAAGUGCUUGUGUGCAGACACUUGAUAAUGACAUGUGUACUGGUCAUUCAGGUGCAUUUCAUUCUGCGUGUGGUACCCAGGAUAAAUUUGCUUACUAUACAGAUGGCAGCCUUUAAUUAUUCUUUUUCUGCAGUAAAUACCAUUCAGCCAUCACUUGAUGAGUAAAAUAUUGGCAAUACUGUGGGUUCAGUUCAAUUCUGGAGAUUGAAGCAAAGAUAUAUACGUACACAUGAUGAGGAUAUUUGGUAACUGCGCUGGUGGCACAGCAUGGCAUUCCCACUGUGUGUGACUGCUGCAUUUCUUAUUUGCUGUGUGUAUGUGCACUGCGCGUGUGUAUGUGAACAUUAUUUUGUAAUCUCAGUAAUUUUGAAUCAAUGAAAGGUUGUUUAGAUUGCCAAUUUUAAUAAUCUGGGGAUAAGUUUCUGUGGCAUGUGAUUUACAUGUCGGUUCUGAGGAUUGGGAUAAAAAUAAAAAUUGUUGAAUAACCAUUU